GGUCACGUAACAGCUGGUAGGAAGUGUCGUGAACGCCUCUUAAGGACUUUCAGCUCGUAUUUACGGUAAAUCGGACAUGACAUCAAAGUGUGAAUGCUGUGUUUUCCGCAUUCUGCGACCGUUUGUGAGCGUCGGGGCGACCUGAACGCCCAGAGCAGCGGAGACAGUGUCGGACGUCUUCAGGAGGCGAGCAGGGACGUUCCACGCACCAUCUGCCCUGGAAGCCGAACCUACAGUGUGAGUCCAGUAGAGUUUGAAGAAUCAUGAACUGCUUGACGCUGCCUGUUAAAUAUCCAGGAGUGAACUAACAAAAAACAAGGAGGAUCAAAGCAAAUUAAAAUGGCAGUUUUCAAGCCUGAAAACGUGGAAGACUUGUAUGAGAUCGGUGAAGUUCUGGGAAGUGGGCAUUUUGGGCAGGUUCGACAGGUUCGUGAACGGGCCUCUGGGAAAUGUUGGGCGGGCAAGUUCCUGAAGAUUCGGAAGAACUCGUGCAGCCGCCUGGGCCUGGACCGGAGCAGUGUGGAGCAGGAGGUGGAAAUCCUCCAGGCUGUACAACAUCCAAACAUUGUGAUUCUCAAAGAUGUUUUUGAGAGCCGAGCUGAGGUGGUGCUCAUUCUGGAGCUUGUUAGUGGAGGGGAGCUGUUUGACUUCAUUGCUCAAAAGGAUAACCUGCUGGAGAGUGAGGCCAUUGAGUUCAUGAAGCAGAUCCUGCAGGGACUGUCAUUCAUGCACAGCAAGAACAUUGCCCACUUUGACCUCAAGCCAGAGAACGUCAUGCUGUCAGACAACGUGUCACCACACCCCAACAUCAAACUGAUCGACUUUGGCCUGGCUCACCUUUUCCAUCAAGGUGAGGAGUACAGGAGCACAAGCGGCACACCUCAGUACAUUGCCCCUGAGGUGAUCAACAAUGAACCUCUGAGCACAGCAGCAGAUAUGUGGAGCAUUGGAGUUAAUACCUACAUAUUAUUGAGUGGUUUGUCACCAUUCCAAGGUGACACUAAUGAAGACACUCUUAAGAAUGUCAUUGCCAUGAACUAUGAGUUUCAUGCACAGUAUUUCAGCACGACCAGCUCAAUGGCCAAAGAUUUCAUUCAGAAACUCUUGGUGAAAAAUCCCAAUGAGAGAAUGACAGCUGAGGAGUGUCUGCUGCACCCAUGGAUUAAGCCCAUUACACGCAAACAGGUGGCCAAUAGGAAUCGAUCCUCAAUCAAUAUGAAGAGCUUUAAGAAGUUCAACGCCCGAAGAAAAUGGAAGAUGUCCUACAACAUGGUGUGGAUGUGUAACCGGCUGGUCCACUUGAAACUCCUGCACAAGGGCAGCUCCUCUACAGAUCCAGAUCCACUACAGAGACAAUGUGAAAGUGACACAGAGGACACAGAAAUCAAGCCUGCCUCUCUGCUGCGUCGCAGACUCAGCAGCAGUUCAUAGAGCUGACCAGAUGGAGGCGCCUCCAGGCUGAACAGGAGGCUCACUGCAGGGAAACAUUUUAUGCUCCACUGUUCUAGUGAAACAGAUAAGUAAAUGUUGGUUACACAUGGUCUCAGAAGUGCCUGGAAAGUGAGCAUUGCCUUGAUAUCAAACUGGUGGAAACAGCUCAUUUCACUUUGGUUUUAAUGAUACUUGUACUGGAAGUUAGAAUGUGUUUGGAUGAAUGGUUUGCAUGGACACUCUUUGAACCACCAUAGAAAAUAUAAAACUGGUUUUAUAUCCAAGUCUUCCAUGUCUUACAUUGAUGAGAAUGUAUUCACCAUCAGUCAAAUAUUACACACAGAUGUUGUUUUAAAUAUUGUCCUGUGAUGAUUAACACUUGUACACAACACAUUUAAGCAUAGAGGGCCGUAUAAAACUUGUCUGAGAAAACGGCGAUAUCACUUUUCAUCACAGUUUACUGACCAAGUUGAGAAGCUCAGCCACUGGAGCUCAGUCAAAACAAGAGUUUCAGCUGCGGUUAAGUUGCUGUUUAAGGGUCAUGGUUUUGUAGCACCCACCAUCACUCACACAAAACACCAAAUUCCAUUUGACUGGUCCAUUAGCAGCUAAACAUUUGACUCCUCAGUACUAGCUUCUUCACUUGCCACAGAAAUGUAGAAACUUCCUCAAUUUGGUGUUUCGGGGGUCACUAUGACAAUAUCAGCGUGUGUUUAACUUUGUUUUAUUUUGUACUGCCUAUAAAUUUGAAUUAGUACUGUAAAUAUUAUUUCCAACAUUAUGUCUGUUUUGUAUUGUCAUGUAUUAUAUCAUUUUAAAAUGGCAAAACCUCUCAACCUACAGCUAUUAUAACUCUUUCUGCCAUAGCUGUCACUUUCUCUUCUUCUCAAUGUGUACAUAGCUGUUUGUUGACCUGGAUCUAAGUUUCCUUUUCAUUUCAUUUAGCUUUUUCAUUUGACACAUUGCAACAAAUAUGAGAUGCGACACUGAUCAAUGAGCUACAUGUGAGCCUAAAUAUAAACAGAAUCAGUUAUUAUUAAUAUCACAUAAGUUCAAAUAAAGAACUCAGCUGGUUAAAAGUGAUUGUUAUAAUAAAUCAUGCUCAAAACAAAACACUGUUGGUAUCAGUCUCUCUC